GUCGACACAAAUGCCUCUAUUCUAGCGACUAACCGACCUAAUAGAUGGGACGUCAUUGUGCCUGGGCUGCGUGAUUGCAGUACCUACGGCUGGUUGAGACGAGGGUCCUUCGAACUCUAAGGACAACAACGUUGACCUCGGCACCUCAAUGAGGCUCAGAGCACCAACUCAGGCCACUACUGCAUUUUAGUUUUUCCCACACAUUCGAGAAUAGUCAGACCAUCUUGCUGUUGUAUUGAUGGAGAUCCAGGGACAACAGAAGAUGGUGAUCAUCAAUGGUGGUAGUUCAUGCAGUGGUGAUGCCGGAUGUGUGAUAGGCUCUGGUGGGCAGGGCUGUAACCACUGCACCAGAUGUGGGGCAACCCGGUCUGCCAAGGAUGUGGGGCACAACAUGUAUUUCCCUGCGGUCCCUCAAUCAACAGAUCCACCCCCUUCACAGAACAACCGAAACCUCUGCUCGAGAUCCGGGUCAAAAAUGCGUCAGCCGCGAAUCGAACGCGGGGCCCAUCGAUGGCAACGAUGGAUUUUACCACUAAACCAC